CGGAAUAACGGUCGCAAGCAAGCGUAAUUACUCGUCGGUGAUUGCACAAGGCUUAGGGCAGAGGGAGAGGUGCGUAUUCCGCGAGCACCAUCGAAGACGAUCCGUCGUCGUCUGAAGUAGACCUUUUCUCUAAUGCAAAUCUCGCGAUACGAGUCACCGUCCGGAGUACGCUACUGCGAUAACUGCCUUGUAGCGUAAACGCCAAACCACUGUUUUAGGAGAUACCUUUGAGCCUGUUCGCACGACAUCAAGCCGAAUCCUCUGGCCACGGAGAUUCAAUCUCGUUCACAAAUAUGGUAUCGUGUUUUGUAGACUCCUCCCCUCCGUCUGGCUCGCGGGUAUGCAACCCAUCUCUAUCGGUGAGCGACCUCUUUCCUCGGAUUCGCUCGACUUCGGGCUCCUCUGCUCCUCCGCUCUCGGGGUGAAGCAGGUAAGAUUGGCGAUUUUCAUCAGGGUCUUCUUGCCUGUUCAGCGAUUCGGCACGGAGUGCAUCUGUAGACGGAUGUCUCGAUUGUAGUGGUUCAUGAAGAUUGCCGUGUUACGAAGGUGCGAGUCAUUGGGAGGCGGUUCGAGUAUGGCGCUAAAUUUAGGGGCUGAGCUGAAGACUGGAGCUGGGAUGAUUUGACUAAAAGUUCCAUCGUCAGAUUGCUCUUAUCUGAAGACGGUGUUGGUUCGGCAAGCGGUUUGUGGGAUUGCAGAGCUGACAGGAGGCCUGCCCCACCAAAUUGAGCUGUGGCGAUGCUGACAAUUGGCUCUGUGUCCAGUGCUCAGCAUGCCCUGCUUCCUUGUCGGCCUCCUGCCGGAACACCCUUCACGUUGGCCUUCGACGCGCCAAUUCGAUGCUCGUGCUUCCCCACUAUCAAGCCGGGCACUCUUUCUGUGAGAUGGAAUCUAGUUGGCGACGUUAGCACGAGCCACGAGAUCAAGCGUUGGAACUUUCAAAUACGUUCGGCUUCUGAGGGAUCGUCAAAACAACCGGAGUUUGUGUCUGAGAAGUCAAUAUGGCCGUGUCUUCUUCCUCGGCCGUUGAUUUACAGCUCAAAUUUUUCGGAUGUCGAUCCUGUUCAGUUAAGCGAGCUCUGGGCUAUGACCCUGAAGGUCAGGAGAGAUCCAAAGAAGAUUGUCAAAGCCCUGCGUCAUAGCUUCGCAUUUGUAGUUGUGUUGGCCGAGGAUGACGAAGUCUCGUCGUCUGGCGUCACCAGGCCUCUGAAGACAGUGGGGGUUGGACGGGCGAUCUCCGAUGGAACUUUUAUUGCAAGCAUAUGUGAUGUAGCUGUUGAUCCUGCCUAUCAACAUCGGGGCAUCGGUCGUCGAAUAGUUAAAAAACUUGUUGAGAAUAUGAAGAAAACGGGUGGACCAUCUGGCUAUGCAGUUUUUCCCCCACCCAUAGCUCGGCGAUUCUUUUGGAUGAUAGGUUUCAGGUCUGAUAAAAAGUAUCGGCUCAUGGCUUAUCGAGGGCAAGGUGAUGAAAGGGAUGUGAAAUUAAUUCCCAGAGAAAAUAUCAGAGAAGACAAGGAGCUGGUUCGGAGUACAGAGUAGAAAGUAAUUCGAACUCAGGAAAAUUGAUUAAAUCUGUAGAGCAGCAUUCGUUCUCAGCUUGUUCGAUCAAAUACUCACUCAGGUUCUUGAUAGUCGCCGUUGCUUGUAAACACACCUGUAUACUGUAUCUCCUUAUAAGAAUCGACUACAUUUUACCACG